AUGAACCAUACGCCGGUGCCGACUACGCCGCUUAAGCCAUUGCCAAUUGACUUUUCUCAGAUACCCGUUGAUGCUCUUGAAUCCAUACGCAACAGGUUGAACCAAAUCCAUGUCUCAUUACGCAAACUAUCUGACCAGAUCAACAAUCACAAUCGAUAUCCUACAAAGAUUAAACUUCCUUCAUUCACCCACUUCCAAAACCAGUUUCAAGUGCUUAUUACUCAGUUGGCCUCGGUAACAAACAUCUUGUACGAAAACGAAGAAUUGCUACGGAAUACAAACGUGUACCCUACUGUCAACUUUCCUACUACCCAGCACGAGGGACUCUUGACUACCUUAUUAAGGAAAAAGGCUCUACCAGAAGUCAACGAGUGGAUAAACUCUUCAAUUUCAAGUAUAGAUAAGUCGCAGGAAAAUGGUGGUCUUGAUUUACAGAAGGAGGACGAGUUUACAAUAUGGUGUUUAAUGAAAAUACAAGAGUUGAGAGAUGACUAUCAAUUUUACGGUUUUCAUACCGUGGACGAAUUAGAGUACAUGGAGACACCAGAGGGUAAAAUAGAAGCCAAAGCAAAGAAGGAUAAGGAGAAUGAAAAAGAGGAAAUUGAGUUGAGGAUCACCUUAGGUGGCAAAAAGGGUCUACAUCCAAAUCAAAUCUCCAAGUUCAUGUGUCAAGGACAACUUUAA